CAGGCUAACCUCACGGCAGUAGUGCCAACUGUUGAAGUUCUUAACUUCGCUUAGACUGCUGGAGGAACGGUAUUCUGAGCUAAAUUGUGAGACAUCUGGCCAGUGUACCGAAACCAGUCUCGCCCUGAUUUGAAGCUGCCCACUCCCCAAUCACAGUCUGAGACACGAAUCCACCUGUCACCUAGCCAAGGAGGACAACACGACAGGAGUACAGGUGAGGCUUGCCAGCUGCCCGUGGAGUCACCAUGCCUGGAAACCUGAACCACCAUCGAGCUGUGAGUGGCACCCAGUCCUUCGGUGAGGGGACUGGUGAUGAUUGUUCGUCAUCGUCCUCCUCUAGCUCCUCUCAGUCUUGGCCCUCCCCAUGCUUCUCCUCCACCACCUCUUCCUCCUGCUACCCCCUCACCUCCAGCACCCCAGAAGAUGAGUUGUCAGAGGACGACGUAGGUAGCCUCUCCUCAAGUCCUGAAUCUGCCAGCUUCUACGUCACCUGGGAGAACAGCCAUCCCUCAGGGGAGGCUGCCGAAGAACAGGAUGAGGAUGAGGAUGAGGGCCCCAGCACCUCAUGGCAGGCCCAGUUAAGCUGUCGGGCCCCGCCCAGAAGUACAUCACACGAUAAGGUGUCAGAUAUGGUAGCCUUUUUGCUGCAGAAAUACCGCUGUAAGGAGCACACGUCCAAAGCCGAGAUGCUGAGUCGGGUCCUGCAAGGGGAGCAGGAGCACUUUGCCAACACCUUCAGGCAGGCAUCUGCGUGCAUGCAGCUGGUGUUUGGAGUAGAUGUUCAAGAGCUAGAACCAGACAGUAACAUCUUUACUCUGGUCAACACCCUGGGCCUCACGCUGGAUUCCACAGACAGCCUCCCCAAGAUGGGCAUUCUUGUGCUCGUCCUGAGCGUCAUCUACAUGGAGGGAGAGAGGGCCUCAGAAGAGGAGGUCUGGGAUGCUCUGCGUGUGAUGGGAGUCUACUCGGGUCAGAAACAUGACAUCUACGGGGAGCCCAGGGAGCUGUUGACUAGAGUAUGGGUGCAGGAGCGUUAUUUACAGUACGAGCAGGCCGCGGGCAGCUGGCCUCCCCGCUAUGACUUCCUGUGGGGCUCUAGGGCCCACAUGGAGACCAACAAGCUGAAAAUUCUCCAAUUCCUGGCUAAUAUUAAUGAGAGUGAUCCCAGAGCUUUCCCUUUAUGGUAUGAAAAGGCCUUGAAAGAACGACAGGAUCAAAGCCAGGACAAAGUAGAUGAGCUGCCUAGCACGGUCGGAGCAAGUCCUGGAGUGCCUUCCAGAAGCCUCAGCCCCAAGUGAAAUCUGGGGCAGGUCCCUCCACUAUGAUGACAAGCUUAAGGAGUGGAGGGCCAGACUGGGGCGAGGGCAGGAACCACAAUGAAGAACAUCUUUGUCUUCCUCUUCAGUGGGGUGACUUCUCCACUCAAUAUCAUUUUGGCAUCUGAAGCACUGUGACGUCUACAAGGAGGUUUACUAGCUUCCAGCUCACCUACAGCACCCCAGAGGAUGACAGAGCUUACAAACUUUGCUGGCCACGCUGUCACUGGGUGCUCUGUAAGGCAUCGGAAAAACCUCCUCAUGCUUUCUACUCUACAUAAGAUAAUGUGCCUUUGGAAGAGGAAUCUAUACUUAUGUGAAAGGUCCCAGCAGUAAAACCAAAAAAUCAAAUA